AUGGAGAGUAAUCCAAGGCACAACAGAGGAGGGGAUCCAAGAAGAAAUACACAAACACCAUGGAACAAUGCAUACCACAAUAGGGGCACAAACGAUGGAGGGUACAAACAUCCAAGCAUUAGCAAGCAUAUCGGAGAUUAUGAAGAUCCAAGAAGGAGAAAAGUGGAUAGCCACUCGUUUUCACACAAUCAAUUCACUGGAGGCAGCUACAGACAAAGAUUUGUGCCCGAACAACAACAUCCUGAUAUGCAAAAAUGUACUGAGCCAAGAUACGAAACUAUUCAAGGGCAUUUACAGCACAGAAGCGACAGAAAUGCACUGCGUGCAAAGAGAAACGGUGCGCCUUCAAAGGCAAUCGGCCUAUUUGGAUUAGGUGCAUAUGUUACGGAGGAGGACGUCACAGAGUUUCUCAAGGAAAAAGUAUGUGAAGUCCAGAAGUAUAAAGUGGUGAUUGUAUACGACAAAUACAGAAAAGUGUCGAAGGGAUAUGGAUUCCUUCAGUUUGAGACAUUAGAUGAUGCUAUAACAACAAAAAAGAAGCUUGUGGGGCAAACAAUCAAAGGAAAAGAAAUACGGAUAGACUAUUCAAUUGAGUAG